CUUUAUCGCUUGGGAAUGGAAGGACAUUGGAAUGGAGUGCUAAAGCCAGGACACCAGAGAAGGGUGGGAGGAAAAUACAAAGUGCGCUAUUCAUAGAAAAUUGCAGUUUCUUCUGGACGGAAAACGAGGAUCUUUCGAGGGUUUUUGGUCCUUUUUUCCCCUUUCGAAAUCCAAGAUAUAAGCAGAGUGUGGCACACUCAGCAGCAUUUGGCUCUGAGUUUCUCCACUGAUUUGCUGAUAACAUCUGCGCUAAUUAAGUGCGUUCAGACUGUGGAAAGCAAAUAACCUCCGUUACGCAUUAAAGGUCUGAUUGCCGUUUUGGCGACGGUCUUGGGAUGCACCUGUCAUUGUUUUUUUGAAAUGUUAAGUGGAUACAGUUUCGAUUUAAUGCUGUGAAGUGGCUCUCAGCCUUAACUUCAUCAGGACUCGGUGGAAGGAUGCUUUGGUUUACCCUGCUAAGCACAAUAGCUUUAGGAUGGACUACGCCGAUCCCUCUGUUGGAUGAGUCGGAAGAAAUAGAUGAGCCUUGCUUUGACCCUUGCUACUGUGAAGUCAAGGAGGGUAUUUUCCACAUCCACUGCGACAGCAAAGGAUUUACAAAUGUCAGCCAGAUCUCCCAGACGUGGACAAGACCCUUUAAACUCAAUCUGCAGAGGAACUCCAUGCGCAGGCUGUAUUUUAACAGCUUUUUGCACCUCAACAAUGCUGUGUCACUCAAUCUGGGGAAUAAUGCACUACAGGACAUACAUGUGGGCGCAUUCAAUGGCCUGAGCAUCUUGAAAAAGCUAUUUCUGCAUGAAAACAAACUGGAGGUGUUCAGGAAUGACACUUUUAUGGGGCUGGAGAGUCUUGAGUAUCUUCAGGCGGAUUACAAUGUCAUCAAGAGAAUUGAGAGCGGGGCGUUUCGGAACCUGCACAAACUCAGAGUACUUAUUUUGAAUGACAAUUUGAUACCUGUGUUACCCAGUUUAUUAUUCAGGUCCGUAUCUCUCACGCACCUUGACCUACGUGGCAACCGCUUAAGAAUUCUACCCUAUAAAGGGACACUGGAAUACAUCGGUCGCAGCUUGAUGGAGAUUCAGCUAGAGGAAAAUCCAUGGAACUGUGUGUGUGACAUUGUGCAGCUCAAAACCUGGCUGGAGCGCAUCCCCUACACAGCUCUGGUGGGCGACAUUACGUGUGAAUACCCUUUUCAUUUACAUGGUAAGGACCUUCGUGAGAUCAAGAGAAGUGAACUUUGUCCCUUACUUUCUGAAGCAGAGCUGGAGGCCAAACAUGGCAUUCCCAGAUUACCGUUUAAUAAUGAAAAUGUCUGGCCCACCAAGCCUUCUUCUAUGUUGUCAUCUUUUCAUAACACAGCCUCCUCAGUAGAGUACAGAGAGAGACACGUAAAGCCGACUAAACGGCAGAGACCCACAAAAACACCACCCACUCCUCGUAGCAUUUACCCAGGACAGAAUCAGCCUCCAGUCGCUGCCUACCAGACCAGACCCCCUAUACCAAUCAUUUGCCCCACAGGGUGCAUGUGCAAUUUACACAUUACUGACUUGGGUCUCACUGUCAAUUGCAAAGAGAAAGGUUUCCACAAUAUUUCUGAGCUGCUGCCACGACCACUCAAUGCCAAGAAACUCUAUCUAAGUGGUAAUUUGAUUCAGAAAAUUUACAGGUCAGAUUUUUGGAACUUCUCUAGCUUGGAUUUACUGCACUUGGGUAACAAUCGGAUAUCAUAUGUUCAAGAAGGUGCUUUUAUGAACCUACCUAAUUUAAAAAGUUUAUACUUGAAUGGCAACGACAUUGAAAGGCUCACUCCAGGCAUGUUCCGUGGUCUGCAGGCGCUUAGUUACCUGUAUUUCGAGUACAACGUCAUUCGAGAGAUCCAACCGGCCGCCUUCAGCCUCAUGCCAAACUUGCAGUUGGUUUUUCUCAAUGACAACCUGCUGCGCACCCUGCCCAUGGAUGCAUUUGCUGGCACCUCCCUGGCUAGGCUCAACCUGCGCAACAACUACUUUCUGUACCUUCCUGUGAGCGGAGUACUGGAGCAUCUCCACUCCAUCGUUCAAAUCGACCUUCACCAGAAUCCUUGGGACUGCUCUUGCGACAUUAUCCCACUCAAGCAGUGGAUUGAGAAGCUCAGCUCCGUCAUUGUUGUAGGGGAAGUGACCUGCAAGACCCCGGAAUACACUCUUGGCAAGGAUCUGCGCAACCUGGAGGCUGAGGUCAUAUGCCCUGAGUUGAAAUUCACCGCUUCUUCUCCAGUCCUGCCCAAUGAAAUGACGGCCACCAGCGGCUCAGAGUUAGGACAAGCGCCACCGGCGGGAGCUGUUCCACUCUCCGUGCUGAUUCUCAGCCUACUGAUUCUCUUCAUUUCCUCUGUGUUUGUGGCUGCCGGUCUCUUCGCAUUCGUCCUACGGAGGCGAAAAAAACUUCCCUUUAGGAAGCGUCAGGAGGUUGACCUUACAGGCAUUCGAAUGCAGUGCAAGAUCUUUGAAGAAAGACAAACCGCCUCACCUGAGAAGCCACCCGGUCACAUCUACGACUACAUCCCACAUCCCGUUACUCAAAUGUGUAACAAUCCAAUUUACAAACCACGAGAAGGAGAGAUUGAGGGUGAGCAGUUUAUAGAAACCAAGGAAAAUAACAGUAAUUAUCGAACUCUUCUGGAAAAAGAGAAGGAAUGGACAAUGGCUGUGUCCAAUUCCCAGCUCAACACCAUUGUCACCAUCAAUCAGUCAGGUGACAUGGCAGGAUUUCAUGAGAAUGGAGUGCUUUGCCCUACUGUGAUUGACAGUCAGAGACCAACCCCUACGGUGGGUUUUGUAGACUGCCUGUACACCACUGUCCCCAAAUUAAAGGACAUGCACGUUGCACAUGCACAUCCACCCGGAAUGCAAUACCCUGAUUUACAGCAAGACGCCAGAUUAAAAGAAACAUUACUUUUCACUGCAGGGAAAGGAUUCCCUGAGCAAACCCAAAGUGAAUACCUUGAAUUAAGGGCAAAACUCCAAACCAAGCCGGAUUACCUCGAAGUCUUGGAGAAAUCGUAUCGAUUCUAAUUGGAUUGGAAAAAAAAAGAGUACUUACUCAAACUCCCCCACUCCACACCCAAAAAGAAUAUGUACUGUAUCAAAAAAGAAGCAUGGCAAAAUUAUAUGUUUCACACACGUACACAUACACACUCUCACACACAUUUCCCCCAAGUCGCUUUUGGAGGAAAGGCCAUACUCAGAUUUUUCAAUGAAGUGCCUUUUUUCAGAGUAGCCAGCAAUGUUACCACCCAUUAUUUUUGUAUGGAACAGAUUUGUUGUUGAACCUCUGGAGCGCCUGGCACAGUUUGUAGAAUAUUUGCAGAUUGCUGCAUGCAUUCGACUGCAGAAGGAGGUUAUCGAUCAAAAACUUCACCUGCUAUAGAGAUACUGCGAUGUAUUACCUGUUGAGUGGUCUAUUUAAUUUUCUAUACAGCAAAAGACAGAGUUCUAUUUCAAGGACGCACUGGAGGAUCAAUAUUUGUGAAUACCUAAAGACACUUCAAGAUUUUAUGGAGUUCAGCGCACUUUCUUAAGAAAAAUGCUUCUGGAUACUAUCACUAACAGCUUUUUAGGAAGCACUUUUAAUGUUUUCUCUCUCUCACAAAGAUUUGACAAAGUUAAAAAUGUGCAUAUAUUUAUUCUGUAAUUUCAGUGAAAGAUUUAAUUGUAAAGGUAAUGUUAAAUCAAUGUAUAGUGAUUAUGCGUCUGGUAUAGCCUUCUUAAUAAAAAUACAAAGUCUUAAAUCAAAUAAAAAGGGUACCAAUGCAUACAGUUUGUGAGAAAUAGACUUAACAUAUUGGUAUGGCGCUUCAAAUGACAAAUUAUAAAAUGCACAUUAACCUAUCAAGGUCUUAUUGCUGCUAGGAGAGACAGGUUGAGACAGACUGAUGUUCCUGCCUGUGUGCAUGUGUCAUCGAUGGGUUUGGACUAGAAAAGGAGACCUUGGAUUAGAUUUGAGUCUUUCUGUAAGGUAUGUUGUUAUACCUUGUCCACUGCUUACUAAAUUACACAACAUUUGAGAUGAAUAUUUAAUGCUAUGUCACUUUUACAUGUGUCCACAAGAGGGAGAAAGAGAGACACACUCGCAUCAUGUCUGCGGAUGGUCAAAGUUGAUGUUUGAUUAUUUGAAGGAAAAUGCCACUUUUUUUUUUUUUCAGGUAUGAUAAACAGCUCCGUGUAACAUAUGGCAUUUGAACAUAAGUUCUGCUUCUGUGUGUGUUGGGGUCAUUUUAAUGUUGAUGCAUUACUCAAGUGACAUAAUUACAUACUAGAAAGUGAUCUGUCCAACAAAAACUGAUUUUCUACUCCCCUUUGAGAACAAUGUGGCUAUUUUUUAAACCAAAUAUUUUAUGUCUGUUUGCCUAUGCCUGUUCUAUCCAUAACCAUUUACUACAAACACUGAAAUACAGUUAAUCUAUUAUUGAGUAUAAUUAUUUCUCCUGAGGUUGUCUAGGAUGAAGAAAAGUCUUUCUUUUCUUUUUUUUUUUUUCAUUCAGUUGACUAGCGUAGCUUCUGUUUCCUCUGUUCAAUACCCACCAGUAAUUUUAUUUACAUUUUGUUCCUACAUUCAUCAUUUACCGACCCUGUUUUGUCAGUAUUUCAAUAAAUUUUGCUUGGUCCAUAUUAAACAGCA